AUGCACUCUUCGCUCUCCGCGGAGAGACCCUUCGCACCGACCAGCCUCCACCAUCCUCGCUCGGCCUCGCUCGCGAUGCCCACAUCAAUACCUCUGGCACAGCACAUCCCCAGCCUCAUCUUCCUCCUCGUCACCGUGCUCACAGCCGCACUCAUCAACCGCACCCAGCCCACGCCGUACAUCGACGAGAUCUUUCACGUGCCUCAGGCCCAACGCUUCUGUUCCGCACUCGCCCACGCCUCCCCAAGCCAGAUAUGGGCGCAGCUCGGCAGCGUCGAGUAUGACAACAAGCUCACCACGCCGCCGGGAGUGUACCUCGUCUCGGUGGCGCUGGCAAAGGUGCUGCCCGGCUGGAGGUGUAGCGAUCUGGUGUGGUUGAGGAGUACGAAUCUCGUGCUGCUCCUGACGCUGCCGGUGCUCAUCGCCCGCAUUGUUGGGAGCAACGAGCAGCCGCCUUCGUAUGCCUCGGCAGCAAGCAACGCGGUGCGAAUUCCGGAACAGCGGAAACCUGUGUCGAGGCAGCAGAUACGCGCACUGCAGGACAGGGCGAAACACGAUCGUGCUCCCGCACCCGCCCCACCAUCAGCACCACCGUCUGUCGUCCAGAGAUCGCAGGGGAAUGUGGCACUGCCGGUAAGGCUCAAGCGGCGCGAGGCGAGUGUGUACACCAUGGGCGUCGCAUGCACCAUAUCGAUGCUGCCGCCCUUGUGGUUCUUUGGGUUCCUCUACUAUACGGAUGUGGCGAGCGUAUGGCUGGUGCUGGCGUGCAUCGUGCUGUACGACCGACUCACCGCCGCGCCUUCGCUGCACUCCCUAGCACUCGCUGGCACCGCAUCGCUGCUCGCCGUGCUCGUCAGACAGACCAACUUCGUCUGGGUCGGCUUUGCAGCCGGCCAAGCCACGCUUGCUGCCACCCAGUCGGCAUCGACGAGCUCGGGACUGGUGGUCGAGAUGCGCGAAGUGGUUCUGCUGGCAUUUGGCCGUGUCCGAGGCAGCUCGAGGUUCUGGACGACGGUGGCAUGGAAUGGGGGUGCGAUGAUGCCGAUGCUUGCGGGGGCGGCGUGGUUUGUGUGCUGGAACGGCUCGAUCGUGCUCGGCGACAAGGCGAACCAUCAGGCGGGCACGCACUUGGCGCAGAUCGGAUACUUUUUGCUCUUUGCCACUGCUUUCGGCCUGCCCGCUCUGGUGCUGUCGCUGGGCUCCCCCGCACAAUCACAUGCGGGUGCGGGGUCAGUGCUGACUCCCGUACGGGGUGCGGUCCGGGCAGUGGGAGUCCGCAUGUUCGGGACACUCUGGCGGACCUUAUGUACACUGCUCAUCGCCGUGCUCUUCUGGGCGGCGGCAGCGUACUACACCAUCGAGCAUCCGUUCCUGCUGGCCGACAACCGGCACUACACCUUCUACCUCUGGCGCCUCUUCCAGCGACCUUUGCUCAGAAUGCAGCCGCGCUUUGCCCUCGUGCCGCUGUACGUGUUUACGCUGUAUGCAUGGGCUCAGGCGCUGGUCCGUCGCACGAGCGUUUUGCGCGCAAUACUGCUCGGGUGCGCAACGGCCGCAACGCUCGUCCCCACCCCGCUGGUCGAGCCGAGGUAUUUUGCGGUGCCCUACGUGCUGCUGCGCGUGUACUCGCAGCCAGUAGAGAGAGAGGGGCGGGUCAAGUGGGUGUACCUCGCUGCAGAAGCGGGCGUGCUUGCGGCAGUCAACCUCGCCACCGUGGGACUGUUUGUGGGUAGGCCGUUCGAGUGGGCACCCACCGCGGUGGAUCAGGCUCGAAAUGAAGCCACCACAAUGCGGUUCAUUUGGUAG